AUGGCCUCGCAGCUGCAGGUGCUGGCCAUUGCCAGCAACCUCCUCGCGGGCGCCUUCCCCACGCAGCCCUUCCAGCUGUGCGACAUCCGUAGCAACUGCCUCUCCUCGCCGGGCUCCUGCACCAACGAUGCCGGUGUGGCUCAGCGCACCUCCGGCAGUGCCUUCUGUGGUUCCGCCACGGGCGCCCCGCCUUUCUCGCUGGCGCUGCUGGCACUGAGGGCGGGGCUGGGCGUGAGUGCUCUCAGCUGGGCAGUGGACUCGCCCUGCACGCUGGCGGGCAACGCCCCCGCGGUGGACAGCUGGACUGGCGUCGUCUGCGACCUCUCGGGCCAAGUCCUUAGCCUCAACAUGGCAUCCAACCUCUUGGAUGCGCGCAUGAGCGAGUGGGCUCAGACUCUCAACUACUACUGGUUCUUCGGCCCCUGGCCCUCAUUCCUCCUCACCAUGUCCUCCCUCUUAGCACUCAACGUGUCAUUCAACUACCUCGCUGGUCCCAUCACCGGCACUCCCUCUGCCUCCCUCAAGUCCCUCAACGUUGCCUCCAACCUCCUCUCAGGAACCUUCCCAGCAUCUUCCACCACCGCAUGUGAUGCAUGCAGCAACUGCCUAGCAGACUCCUCCAAGUGCCUUGCCUCUGGCUCCUCCUCCCAGAGGCUCGCCUCUGAAUGCUUCCUCUGCGAUGCUGGAAGUUCCAUAUUGGUGCUUGGCAGUCUUAAGGCGGCGCUGGGAGUGCCUAUCCCGGCCUGGGGAGUGAAAUCCCUGUGCACAGUGAUCCCCGUGGUUUCCGAGGACAUGCUCUACGCUCUUUGGCCAGGAGACACGGAAGGCGUGCAGUGCAGCCCGUCCGGUGCUGUGACGGCAAUCAACCUCAACACGCGCCAGCUGACUGGGUCCAUGCAUGCAGAUAUUUCCAAGCUCACUGCACUCAAUAUCAUGCUCCUCCACUCAAACUUCUUGGCUGGUCGCCUGGAUGCCUUCACCGUGCCCUUCACCUCCCUUACCAAGCUGGAGAACCUACCUCAGCAGCACUCAUAUGGGCCCACAAGUGCACUACCUGAGCCGAUCAUCCUCACCCUUUCACUUGAUUCCUUCCCAUCCACCUGCAUGUCCACACCCCCCAUCCUCUUCCCUGCAUGCCCUGCAGCCAACUGCACAACAACUACCUCAAGAGCCUCUCCAAGCUUGCCAGGCACUGCCAUGAAGCACCUGGACCUCGAAAACAACUACCUCAUGGGAACCUUCCCAACAGGCUCCUGGCAGUCCUGCUCGGCAUGCAUCAACUGUUUCGCGGAUGCGGCUGCUUGCACGGCGGACGGAGGCAACGGGGUUGUCCAGCGAGACACAUGCAGUAUCUGUGGCAGUGCCGAUGGCACGGGGGUGCUGUGUGGCGGCGGUGGUGCGUCCACCUGCCAGCCCACAGCUGCUUCCCUCGCGUCCCUCUCCACGCUCAACAGCCCAUCUGCCCCUGCGCUCCCUAUGGCGUGCUCCUUGCUCCCGGCUGUACCUGUCAACUCUACUGCCACAACUUACCUCUCCGCCAUUCGAAGCUUCCAAUUCUAUCCCCACUCUAUUCAUCGUCUCCCCACUUCCCCACUCACAGUGGCCGCGCUGAUGAGCAUCAAGAUAGUCUUGGGAGUGACGUACACAGGGUGGGCGGCAAAUGCUGUCUGCACGCUGGCAGGGACAACUGGCACUGUAACGAGUGGGAGCUUGACAGGUGUGGAGUGUGACUCAGCUGGCAACCCCGUCAAGAUAGCUCUCAACAACCAGCAGCUGUUCGGAGUGCUCCCUGCUGAUGUCACCAAAUUCACAGCGCUCACUUACCUGUAA